AUGGCGAAGAAAGGGUCGCCCUUCGAUCUGUCAAGAUGCGCAAGGCCCAAUAUCCUCAAACUACGACCCUACAGGUGUGCUAGAGAUGACUACAAGGACAAUGGAACGAACAUCCUCCUCGACGCGAACGAGAACGCCUAUGGUCCGGGCUUGGCACUCGAUCGAGAUGGUAUCAAUGGUGGAGGCGACGGGCCGGAAGCGAAAUACCAGGUCGAUUACCUAGGCCUGAACAGAUACCCUGAUCCUCAUCAAGUCGAACUAAAAGAGCUCUUCUGCAAACUGCGGAAUACGCACAACCACACGGACAAGACCCUGCGGCCCGAGAAUAUGUUCUGUGGAGUCGGCUCUGAUGAAGCCAUCGACGCUCUGUUGCGGUGCUUCUGCGCACCUGGGAGAGAUAAGAUUUUGACCUGUCCACCUACGUAUGGCAUGUACGCAGUCAGCGCAGAUGUGAACGACAUCGAGAUUAUCCAUGUCCCCCUUAAUCCAGACGACGGCUUCCCAUUGCAAACACAGCAAAUUUUGGACAAGCUCUCGGAGGAUCCUACAAUCAAGAUGGUUUAUAUUUGUUCUCCGGGGAAUCCUACGGCAGGGCUCAUUCGCAAGGAGGACAUUCAACAGGUCCUUCAGCAUCCGACCUGGAAUGGAGUCGUCAUCGUCGACGAGGCAUACAUUGACUUCUCGCCAGAAGGAUCAAGUCUAGCCGAGUGGGUACUGGAGUGGCCCAACUUGGUGGUGAUGCAGACACUGAGCAAGGCAUUCGGUCUGGCCGGCAUCCGACUCGGGGUGGCCUUCAGCAGUCCCGAAAUUGCAGCUUUACUCAACAACAUGAAGGCGCCAUAUAACAUUUCAAGUCCGACGAGUGCUAUUGCAAUAGCGGCGCUGCAGGAGGGAAACUUGAAGGUCAUGCGACAGAACCGGGAGAAGAUAUUGCGGCAACGAGAUAGACUGUUGCAAGAGCUACCACGAAUACCUGGGAUCGGGCGUUUCCGCGGGGGGACAGAUUCGAAUUUUCUGCUGGUUGAAAUACUCGAUAAGCCACAAGAACAAGGCGGACAGCCGGACAAUCCGACGGCUCUUGCUUUAUACGAAACAAUGGCGGGGCAACGGGGAGUAGUGGUGAGGUUUCGAGGCAAAGAAUAUGGCUGCAAGGGCUGUCUACGGAUAACAGUGGGCACCGAAAACGAGGUUGAUCGGUUUCUGGCUGAGGUCAGAUCUGUCUUGACUCAGAUCUACUCAGGCUCAUUACAAGGCCCUCAGGUCAACGGACAAAACAAGCGCGAGGCGGAAGCAAGCAAGGUGAUAUCAUAG